AUGGCAUCGUCAGAUAAAACAAUUCAAAUUUCUACAAAAUCAAAUACAGUAUUAGAUAAAUUUAAUGCUGAAUGUCCGACGUAUUUACAAUCGAAAUUAAAUAUUCGUUUAUUGUCUUCAUCAUCAUCAUCGUUAACUAAUAAAUUAGUAGCUUUUGACUAUUAUUUAGCCGAAUAUCAACGAUGUAUUGAUGAACAAAUGAAUUUUGUUAAUUACAUCAAUGAACAAAUAGUUUUAUUAGAUACUUUAAAAUCAUGUGAAAUAACCAUCGAUAAAUUUCUUGAACUAUUUGAACAAAUUUUACAUGAAUUAACUAAAAUAAAUCCAUCAAACAAAGACGAACGUAUUCGACUUAUUAAACAAAUUGAUGAACUUAUUGCCUACAAAGCAAAAAUAAUAGAUCAUACUGUUGAUAAUAAUUCAUCAACAAAUAACCUUAAAGCAAAAUCGAGUGAUGCAUUCAAGAAUAUUUUAUGA